AUGUACAACCCAUAUCAACAACAGCCUAUGGGGUUCGGUGCGCAAAGUACGGGGUAUAAUGGGGGUUAUGGUCAACAACAAGUUCCUCCCCAGCAAACAAGGUUUUUUCAACAGAAUCCUGUUCAAAGUCCGGGAGCAGAUAUGUACCUGCAACAAGUUCCUCAGCAACAAUUCCAGCAAGGCUUUCAGACCCAGCCCACUGGGUUUGGAGGGGUGCCUCAAUUACAACCGCAACAGACUGGGUACAUUCAGACUCAGCCAACUGGUUUUCAGAAUGGUGGUUCUAACUUGACUGUAAUAGAAAAUAGUGAUAUCAAGAUUCCAAGCAUAAGGUUAUCGUUCAUUUCAGCAGAGGAUCAGAAGAAGUAUGAGCAUUUAUUCCGAACCGCUGUUCCUAAAGGGGAACAGGCAAUUACUGGAGACUCUGCUAGUCAGAUUUUGUUGAGAUCUGGUCUUUCACCUGUCACUUUAGCGGAAGUAUGGUCUCUAUCUGACACGAAUAAAUCAGGAUCACUUUUAUUUCCUGAAUUUGCCUUGAGUCUUCAUCUAUGUAGCAUGGCGAAGAGAGGUGAGCCUUUGCCGUCAUUUUUACCCGAAAAGUGGCUGAAUGAAGUAAAAAGCUUUGUCGACGCAAUAAACUUUAGCAUUCCAGAGGACCCAAGUAAGAUUUUGGCAAAUACUCCGUUUGCUCAGUUUGCAAACAAUGAUAAUGCUCAAAGCGAUUGGUUAGCGCCUCAAGGAACAGGCUAUAAUCCUCCACCGAUGACUUCGUUCCAACCUCAGGCCACUGGUUUUGGGCAGAAUUUAACGGCACAGAGAACCGGGACCACACUUAUGAAUCCAUCACAGACAGGCUUUAAUGGCGCUCCGUUGUCGUCACAAAGGACUGGAGGAGGAACUCUAAUUCCAUUACAACCUCAGCAGACUGCUGGAUUAAUUCCAACACAGAAAACUGGGCCACUCAAUUCUCAAACUACAGGAUUUCAGAAUCAGAGCCAGUCUCUUCAACCGCAAUCUACGGGAUUUGGUGCUUCUAAUUUGCCAUCUCAAUCCACUGGGUAUCAGCCAAUAUCUCAGCCAUCUUUCCAAUCACUGCUUACAAGACAGCAAACUGGGCCAAACUUACAACCACAAACAACUGGAUUUCAAAAUAUUUCUGCACUCCAGAAUAAGACUGGGAUGUUGCAAUCUCAAGGUACAGGCUAUCAGUCUCAAUUGCCCCCUCAACUUACCGGUUUCCAACAAGGCUUACAAUCGCAGGCUACUGGAAAUGUUCAAUCUUCUCAAGGAACUGGUUUACAGCCUCAGCUUACCGGCUUCUCUCAGCUUCAGCCACAGGCCACUGGAAGACCAGGUCAAUGGGGGUUUGUAUCAAUGCCAACAGGAGGAAUCCCUGGUCUUAAUGCCAUGGAGCAGCAUUUUUUGCCGACCUCUGAACUUCCCACUCAUAAUUUGCAUAAUGCGAUGGAUAAUUCUUUGAAAGAGAACGUUACUUGGGCUAUAACCAAGCAAGAGAAGCAAAUUUAUGAUGGUAUUUUUUCAGCUUGGGACCCGACUAGAAAAGGUUUUAUAGAUGGCGAUGUUGCUCUUACUGUUUUCAGUAAAUCGGGUUUAAGUAGGCCUGAUUUAGAAUCGAUUUGGACACUCGCUGAUUCGAGCGAUAGAGGCAAGUUGAAUAAAGAUGAAUUUGCUGUUGCAAUGCAUCUUGUGUACCGGAGAUUAACAGGCUAUGAGCUCCCUUUCAGGUUACCUCCAGAAUUGAUACCUCCAUCAACAAAAUAUUUACAGGAUUCCAUGGACACUUUAAAGAAUUCGUUGAAAGGCGGGGGUGCGGCUAGUAGCAAUAAAAAUACGAUUAAAGCUGCAAAAUCUGAUGGAUCAAGGUUCAAGAAUGAUGAUGAAAACUUUGGUUACGUUUCAAGCGCACGUCAUAGAAGAAGGAAUGAUGUCCAAGAGCAAUCGAGCGAUAAAACUACUUCAGUGGAAGAGCUAAAAAAGAGUAUUCGAGAGAAGAAGAUCUUGCUAGACGCUAUAGAUGCCGAAGAUCAAGACGCACAGAUUUCGAACAAAAGGCUUCAAGCAAGGGAAGAUAAGGAAAUCGAAAUUCUUAAAACCAAAAUCUGGUCUAUACAAAGGAAAUUGAAUAACAUAGUCUCUGAGUCUGGCUCCUUUGAAGAGAAACAACAAUUACUCAAAAGAUUAAAUUAUUUGACUAGGGAUAAGGUUCCAAAUUUAAUUUCGAGAAUCGAAAAUGUAAAUGAACAAAUAUCGCAACUGAAAAUUGAAUUUUUCAAGUUGAGUUUAAGUAAAGAGCAUCCAGAUUGGAAACCUAAUAAUAGUGAAGCAGAUAUAAUAGGUUCAGGCCCGGGAGGUGAGGUUACAGAAGCAGAUAGACGUAAGUUUAAGUCCAAGCAGCUUUUAAAGCAGCGUAUGGCAGCAUUGACAGGAAAAUCUUCUGGUGGCAACCAUUCGGAUCUUGACAUGAAAUUGAAGCAAGAGGAAGAAGGUGUCAAGAAAGAAAAAGAGAGCAAAAUUCAAAUGAUAAAAGAUAUUGAAUCUAGCAUUAGUGAUUUAGAGGAUGGUUGUUCUACGUUCUUGCAAAUGACGAAUAGUGAAGAAGUUGGUGACCAAAGGUGGGAAAAAGGAGAUGGUGUUCGCAAUGAAACUUCUCAAUUCAUCAAAGAAUUAAACGAGUCUGCAGUGAAAGAGAGAAUCGAUAAAUCUUCUUUCAAAGAAACCGAUAUUAGUGAUUCACCUCUGCUGUCUACAGAAUUGUUUCGUGAAACUCAAAAGUCCCAGGAUCAUGCAGAGAAAUACAAAAGCUCAGAAGAACGUUCUGCUUAUAUCAAAGCACAAGCGCAAAAGAGAAUGAAUGAAAGACUCGCUAAGUUAGGCAUUACUAGAAAUAGAGGACAUUCAGGCAUCGAUUUGCAGAAAUCUGAGCCGUUUAAAGAUUCGCAAGAAAGUAAACCCAUCAGUGAGGUUACGAAUGCGCAACCGAAGACUAAUGACAAUAACUCUGAUAGCGUUUCAGAGCCUACCCCCUCGGAAGGUAUUAAUGGUUCCAAGGAAAAGGAAAUUCCUGAUCUCAAUGGAGAUGGUGCCCCUUCUUCUGACGAAGAAGAUGCAGAAUAUGCAGAACUAUUGAAGCAGAAGCAAGAAUUGGAGAGAAAAGAGAAAGAACGUAAGGCUAGGAAGCAGCUGCAAAAAGAAGCAAGGUUAGCGAAGAUUAAGAAGGAGAUGGAGGAGAUAAAAAGUAGAGAGUUAGAAGAUAAGAGCGACGAAGAAACUCUGAAAGCGAAAGACGUACACGAACAGAAUAAGUCGGUUGUUCAUAAAGUGCUCGACGCACCAAAAGGAGAAGUACAGAGUCCUGCUCCAAGUCAGGAGUCCUCGAGCUCACAAAUCUCGGAAGCAAAAGUCUAUAAGCCAAAUGUGCAUGAUAAAAGCUCUCAACCACAAGUGGCUUCUGCUAAUCAAAACAAUACUCACGAAAAUAAUCCUUUUGCCAAAAGUCAAGGUGCCCAAAAUGCUUCCAAUUUGAAAUCAAAUAAUAAUCCCUUUUUUAAACCAUCAACAAACGGCGAUGGAUUCGACUCUAAGAAGGCAGCUGCUCAAAGGGCAUCUCAAAGGGGAUUGGCAGACGACAAUGACUGGAGUGAAUCCGAAGAUAAUUCAAGUGAUGACGACAUCCCUAAUAGGGCAGGCGCAGCUCAGUUGGCAAGUCUACUUUUCGGAGGAGUUCCUCAGAAUCUGUCAAAUUCUAUCGAGAAAACUCCUGAAAAUACUUCACUGGCAGAAUCGGGUAAUAAUAGUCCUAAGGAACCCUCUUCUACUACUGAGAUGCCGCCAGUGCCGCAAACUCCAAAGGAAGAGGACUCAGAUACAGAUGAUUUCUCUACGCCUCCUGCGGGCAAUCAGUCACAGUAUGGCGAAAGUGAAAGCACAGUAUCUAAGGAUAUUUCAUCCAAAGACACUCCUUUAAAUCUGAUUGAUGAGGGCUCAACCAAUAUUCCAGUUCCGUUGUCUAUUCCUCCACCUCCACCUCCAGCAGCAGAACCUCCUAUGUUUGCACCAUCGCCCCCUCCACCACCUCCUCCAGCCGCUGAGCCUCCUCUGUUUGCACCAUCGCCCCCUCCACCACCUCCUCCAGCCGCUGAGCCUCCUCUGUUUGCACCAUCGCCCUCUCCACCUCCACCUCCAGCAGCAGAGCCUCCCCUGUUUGCACCACCUCCGCCACCACCUCCACCUCCCCAAGCUUUAUCGGUAAACAACGAAGGCUCUUCCAAGGCUCCACCAAGUGGUGUACCAAAUAUCGAUGCUUUAUUAGGUCAAAUUCAAGUAGGAACAAGUUUAAAAAAGGUAGAUGAAAGCGAAAAACGCAUUGGUGAUGGUUCUACGGUAGGAAAAGUUUUAUAA